AUAAGUUAGCUUUUUGCUAACUCCACCAUGGACAAUGGUCCCAGCUUUUGUUCUCCUGUCUCUUCUGAAGAAAACGGAGCAGAAAACGGUGACAGCUCGUCGAAUGAAGAUGGAUUAAACGACGCUUUUGGCGACCUGGCUGCCCUCCCGGUCGAGGUGGGCGAGAGAAGACCGACGUGUUUACGGUGCCGUCGCCCUCAGAAGGUGUGUCUCUGUCCUUUUCUUCCAACACAACCCCUGGAGGUCUCCACAUGUCUGUACAUAGUGCAGCAUCCUGCAGAGGAGAGCAGAGUUCUUCGCACAGUGCCACUACUUGCUGCUUGUUUGCCACAAGGAAAAUGCAAUGUCAUAGUGGGAAGGAGAUUCAAUGAGGAAAAGCACCCGGAGCUGGCUGCGGUGUGUCGGGACAGCAGGACGCUGAUCCUGUACCCAGGUCCCAAAUCCCAGAACCUGGACGAGUUGGUACAACACCAGGAAGUAGGCACAGUGACACACAAUGUGAUCAUCAUAGACGGCACCUGGAGCCAGGCCAAAAACAUGUUCCUGAAAAACAACCUGUUCCACCUGCCUAAACAGGUGCAGCUCAAUAGGACUCUUUCCAGUCAGUAUGUGAUCCGCACACAACCCUCCAACAUCUGCCUGUCCACGCUGGAGUGUGCUGCUGUCUCGCUGUCCAUACUGGAGCAGAAUGACGACAUCCAAGAGGUUCUGCUGAGGCCCCUGAAGGCUCUGUGCUCCUUCCAGCUGCAGCACGGUGCUCAGGUUCACCAUAGCAAGGAGCAUUUACUAAAGAACGGCAUGUACGACAAACCCAUGCCCAAGAACAAACGCAAGAUAAAGAGGAUGGAGAAACUCGUCACUGACCACAAUGUCUGCCCAAGAUGAGGGAGAGACUGAGCAGAGGAGCUCGACUGAUUCUGCUCAGGACUGUUUCAUCAGAGCAGCAUCAGGGCGCACAUGUGGAAACCACUGGACCUUUUGAGACUUUUUUUGUGUUUAUUGCUGGCAAACUUAAUUUAUAUAUUUGUCAUUCAAUUUUAAAAAAUAA